CAAAAAACUAGCUACAGAUACAGUUAGCUAGCUGAAUGAUGUUAGCUAGCUAAAUUAUAUUAGCUAGCUGAAUGAUGUUAGCUAGCUGAGGGAUGUUAGCUAGCUGAGCGAUGUUGGUUAGCUGAGUGAUUUUAGCUAGAUGAGAAACAGUAGCUAGCUGAUAGAUAGGGUCUCAGCUAGCUAACAUCACCCAACAUCGUAAGUGUAUUGUCAAAUCUUCUUGUUGCCAUCAUUGUUCUGGAAUAGGCUAUUUCAAAAACACAUUUACAGACACGGCAAAAUAUUCUGAAAUUUAAAGAAAAUACUGUUGGAACUUGGGGGAAGCAAAAUUCUUGUUUUUUUUUUGUUGAAACAUUUGGGUUUUCCUGACCUGCUUAAACAAAAGACAUAAUAAGCAGCAAGCUGUGCUGCUGCUGCUAAUGCUAGUUUGUUUGUCUGUGUACAGCUACAUGCAGGAUUAGUUACACAGCCUAAAGCUGUUAAAAUGACAAUACUAUUUAUGUUUUUACUUAGUAAACAAGUAAGUCUGGGCAUUGAGUUGGUAUUAGAUAGGAGAAAAUGGUUGAGGUCAUGGAGUACACCUGCACUUCACAGUAACAAGGGAAAGUUAAAGGUCACAACAUGGCAUCCCAAAUCCCAGCACCACCUCAGUCAUAUGCUCCAGGGACUGACAGCAUCUUCUCUGACAAGUCAGGCUUUUACUCUAUGGAAUCCAAUGUUCCUGGGCUCUCUAAGGUGAUUCUCAACAAGCUCAACAUGAAGGAUUAUGAGGAAUACAGGGCUGCUCUUGAGGGACCAGCUAAAGGAAUCAAGUUCCGCAACUACAAGGAGUUGUUUCAGAAGAUGGAGGAGACUUUCAAGUUCUGCACCAGCUGCAACAAACUUCCCGAGCAUCUCACAGAGGGACAGACGCUGAAGCGCUGUGUGAAAUGCUUGAAUGUUUACUACUGCACCAAGGACUGCCAGAAAAAGGACUGGCCUCAGCACAAAAAGGUCUGCAAAAUGCUGCGUCUGGUGGCCAUUGACAGACUGUUGGAGUGGCUGCUGUUCACUGGAGACCUCCCGUUCCCCACUGAGAAUUGGUCCAAGUCCACUGCUGAGGUGAGGAACUUGGACGACUGGCUUCCCAUGCAGGGGGAUCUCACACCACGUCUGGAUACCAUCUUGUCUAGUACCAACAUGACGACCCUUUGGAAGAAUGUCUGCAGACCCCGGCCAGAUGAUGCUGACCUCAAGGUGUCCCUAUGGCGGAUUCAGAGCGAGUUCCUCUCUCGCGUUCUCUCAGUUGGGAUGGCUGUGCAACAAUUCCGCCUUGACCCAUGUGCUAAACCGCUGACAAUUCACCUAGCAGGGGCGUCUCACACUGAGACCAUGGGAGGCAGACUGACCGACUACGAUGAACUGAACAAAAUGUUCCCUGGACAUCAGGGUAUUGAGAUUGUCAUGGUGGGACCAGAAGUGGUGGAUGGUCCCUUAAUGAGGCCUCCCCUCAUGGCAUUUGGUCCCAGGCAGAGGGUCUACAUCAGCGCCUACAAGGGCCUCUACCACCAGUUCUGGGAGGACGUACUGGAGACAGGGAACGCAGCCAAGCCAGAUUUGGUGUUUGGAUUUCAUCCUGGGUUCCAUGCUAACCAGGGUCUGAUAGAGGGUUGGUUGCCCACUCUUCUGCUCCUCAGAGAUUAUAACAUCCCUUCCUUCUUCACUAUGUACAGCGAGAUGGAACUCAAGCACUCGCUCCAGAUCCUGCUGGAGUUGGAGGUGCACAUCAAGGACAGUGGACCCAAUCCAUUCGCCUCACAGAAACCAGAGCAGGUCCAGUCCAGCCCCAACACAGCCCCUGUCUACUGCAACUCUCACUACAUUCGCUUCCAGGGAAUGCUGCCUCAAGAGGAGCCUUUGCCAGACAUUUAAGAGGACAGCUUAAGGACAAUUAGACCUGUUUGGAGUUCUAUAAGUCCUCUACCAUAAAGAAGUGGUUUUCAAGCUAAAAUUUUGGGACCUCCAGAGGCCCUUUAGGGACUUUCUUUAGUCUUUCAGAAAAGAACACCUGAUUGAACGAUAUGAGCACUGAAGCUAACACUCCAAUUUGGAUCAUAAAGGGCUUUUCACAGUAAAAAAAAAAAAAAA